CGAUGACGUCGAGCCCCGCGCCGGCCUGCGUCAUGGUUACAAAAGUUUAUAAACCUGGGCGCUGUCGCCUUCGGACCAAGAAAACAUCCCACGAGAGAAACAGACAAUGGCACUGAACGAACGCGAUAAUGGUGCGAGCAAGGCGGCAAGUAUAUACCCUGGUUCGACCUCAAACCCUAAGGUUCCUGAACCUACUUUUGGGGAGAAGGGGACUGGUACAGGCGCACAUUUAAAGGGUCACAGAGAUGAUAUAAAGCACGCCCAGAGAGAUGCGAUGCAUACCCGCAGAGCAUCAGCGGGGGUCGUCGAGGGUUACCCGGGUAUCAUCGAAUCGUCCCACAUCGAACCUCUGGAUGAGGAAUACAAGGAAGGUGCAGGACGUGGGAGAACGAUGGGUCGGUCGAUCCCUACGCAGGGGCAAGGCCUAAAAGAACGUCUCGCAACUGCCGCUGAAGGCGCGGCCAACAUUGUUUACGGCGUCGCCACUGGCGAUCACCAAGCAACGAAGGCAGGAAAGGAAUCCCUUGGUUUCAACCAGUAAAGCGAUUUUUCAUACACCGAUUUCCUCUUGCUUGUAGGAUAGGAAAAGUAGUGGAUCUGGGGGAUACGAUUGUAACAUCUUGUGUGAUAUACCAAUAUUUGUCUAGCGCUAGGUCUUU